CGGCUGCCUGUCACUUUCGGCUCAUUCCUGUGCUGUCCUCGGAGCUGGAGAUUGGCAGCUCCUGUACAACGAUGGCCGCCCGCCUGUGUGCCAUCCUGCCCCGCGUACCUGCCCGCAGCCAGCCCGCCCUGCCGGGGCUCUGGAGCUCCUGUCCUCGGCCAGGAUUCUGCUAACCCCCGGCACUGAUGGGACCGGCCAUGGGGGCGACCUGGGAGAGGAAGGGCAUCAGCGCCCGGACAUCUGCUGCUGCUGGCAUCUGCCUACUGGUGAUUCUGCUUUUUCAUCUUGAACCCAUGGGAGCUGAGUCGGUGCUUUCUGAUAAAAAGACAAUUCUACCAUCUGGGAAGUAUUUGUAUACCAAUCCUGUGUCGAAGAUAAAUGUAACAUGUGACAAAUGUCCAGCUGGCACAUACGUGUCCAAACAUUGUACCCAGUUUGCCCUUCGAGAGUGUAGCCCUUGCCCCAAUGGCACCUUCACAAGACACGAGAAUGGGAAUGACAGGUGUCAUAAUUGUAGUCCACCAUGUGAACCACCCAUGGUGGUGAAAAUGCCUUGUUCUGCCUUGUCUGACCGUGAGUGCUCAUGCCCAUCUGCAACAUACCUCCUCAAUGGUACCUGUGUCAAUCACACCAUGUGCCCCAUAGGAUGGGGUGUGAGGAAAAAGGGAAGUGAGACUGAAAAUGUCAAAUGUAAGACAUGUGCCCACGGUACUUAUUCUGACGUGCCUUCAAGUACUUUGAGAUGUAAGACCCAUACCAACUGCUCAGCUCUGGGCCUGAUGGUCCUGAAGCCUGGUACAAAUGACCGAGACAAUAUAUGUGGACCUCUCCCUUCAUCCCCAUCCAAAGAUUUCUAUUCACUACCCGCUGAAUAUGAGCCGACAGAUGUUUACAACAAUACUGAAAAGAAUGAAACGGAAUACUUGAACAUAACGGAAGAUCAGGGCAUGGGACACCAGCUGCAGACUCCAGGCAGAAGGCCUCCACAGAUGGCAGGUGAUCUUCAGCAACCUGGAGUAUCAGGAAACAACGAUGAAGGACUCAAUACCAUUUAUAAGACCACUAGAAGGGGACCUCCUCGUCAAGUUCCCCACCACUUUGACAUCAACGAGCACCUACCUUGGAUGAUUGUACUUUUUCUUCUGCUGGUACUAGUGAUCAUUGUGGUUUGCAGUGUCCGGAAGAGUUCCCGCACGCUCAAAAAAGGACCAAAGCAGGACCCGAGCUCCAUUGUGGAAAAAGCCGGCUUCAAGAAGUCUACGGCAUUGACCCAGAACAGGGAGAAGUGGAUCUACUACUGCAAUGGGCAUGGGAUCGACAUUCUGAAGUUGGUGGCAGCUCAGGUGGGCAGCCAGUGGCAAGAUAUCUAUCAGUUCCUUUGCAACGCCAAUGAGCACGAGGUGGCAGCAUUUUCCAAUGGCUACGCAGCGGAUCACGAGCGAGCCUACGCAGCUUUACAGCACUGGACUAUACGAGGGCCUGAGGCCAGCCUGGCCAAGCUGAUCAGUGCUUUACGCCAGCAUCGGCGCAAUGACGUGGUGGAGAAGAUCCGUGGCCUCAUGGAGGAUACUGUACAGAUAGAAGAUGACAAGCCAACCCUUCAAGUAAAUCCUAACCAGCCAAUGUCAACUCAGGAUCCUUCCCUCAAGGCACCCGACUCUGCCGCCCUGAUGAUAGAACCAUCUCCACUGGAUAAGAACAAAAGCUUCUUUGCCGAUGAGUCAGAACCUCUCCUGCGAUGCGACUCUACAUCUAGUGGUUCCUCUGCUCUUAGCAGAACAGGCUCCUUUAUAACCAAAGAAAAAAAAGACACGGUACUCCGCCAAGUUCGCUUGGACCCUUGUGAUCUGCAGCCAAUCUUCGAUGACAUGCUACCCAUCCUCAGUCCUGAAGACAUCCGCAUUAUUGAUCAAAUACCACAGGCUGAAGACAAACUAGAUCGUCUCUUUGAGAUAGCCGGCGUUAAGAGCCAGGAGGCCAGCCAAAAACUCCUCGACUCGGUCUACAGCCACCUCCCUGACCUGCUGUAGUCCUGGUAAUGUCUACAAUAAACUACUUGCCUUGAAUGACAGAAAGAGCGGGUACCUUGCUUCUCUAAGCCAGUCUUAACGAAACGUCAUCAUCUCCGCUUAUUGCAUUCACCCAACUUCAGUAACCGUGGCAUUGAUCGGGAUGCCAUGCGUGCUGCAAACGUAUGUUGGAUUUGCAGCUCUGUACAUAUCAUGGCCAUUUUCACUUCACGAGAAUUCACUUCACCUCGUUUGCAUAGCCGCUAUCGUUUGUUCCACAUGACGUGUAGCCAUGGAGGAACUCUGGAGUCUAGAAGGCAUUCCACCACACAAAGUACACAAAUGUCUGGAACCGUUGCUUUGCAUAAUGCAGACCACUCUUGGUACCACUCGUAUCUUCUGGUUUCCUGUAUAUCGCUGACCUUUGGGCUGAUGAUUAUAAUAAAGGGGAGGGAGAUGAUAAUCUAAUAAACUGCCCUCCCGAGCUGCUGAUGAGACUUACAAUGCAUGGUACUUACCUUUAUCACAGCCGGUACAAGAGUAUAGGUUUUAUGAUUCCUCAUGAAUGGUUCUAAAAUGAUGCAGUCUUCUUGGUCACCACAUCUCCAACCCCACCUACCCUUGAGGGACUCUCUCUUCAUUGUUAGACCUGUUUUGGCAGGUUUUUCUUCUCUUUGAAAAGGCUUAAAAGAUAAAUUUUUCGGUUAUUGGUCUGUUUCUUGAAAAAUAAGGUAAAAAAUACAUAUAUUUUUUUCAUAUUUAGUCAGCUGAACUAGUUUUUCUCAGGAUGAGUACCUGCCAUUUAUUUAAUAAUGUUUUUUGUUUUUGCUUGACAAGGUAACAUAUCACCCUCCCAUGGUCUAUUUUGUGGGCUAAACCAAUGCUUACUAGCAUGGUCAUGAAUACGCUGGACAUUGGCCCCCAAAAUGGCCGCCUUGUCUUUGUUUAGCGGACAGAUGCCCUUAAACUUUAAGUCAAGGAGAUAUCGGGCAGAUAUGUUGCUACCAUCAAUGAUAUAAGGGGUUAGCUUUGUUUCACAUUUGCGUUAGACAUCUCUGACAGGCAGUUCCGGGAGGGAGCAGCUGGCCACAGAUGUCUGGAUGCUGCACCGCCGGACUCUACCUGACACUCACCAAUUCCAUUCACUAUAUGGGGACUGGCGGAGAUAUGGCCGCAACCCGGUUAACAUGCCGAGAAUCGGCCGGACGAAAACAGUUAUGGCCUGAUCUCCAUUGAUCCCCAUUAUAGUUAAUGAGGCUGGAAGGCAACCUGCAGGAUCUGUCUAACGCAAACCUGAAACAAGUAUGUCUUUUUGGGCAACUCUUGAUCUUGAAUUGUAGCCUAACAUUAUAUACAGUUUAUAAUCAGCAGAUGAAAAUAUCUGGCAUUUGUAUGUUCUCUGUGAAAUGUUUUUUUUCUAUUUUUCAGCUUGUUUUGACUCUGUAAUGUAAAAAAAAAAAAAAAGUUGUAUCUGGAAACCAUCAACAAGCAGACAAUCUGCUGUUGACAGAUCUUACUAUAGCUUUAAUACUAAUCAUGGUUUUCAUCCCAAUAACCCUUGUGGAGCCAUUAAAGUAUUGAUGAUCCAAUCAGACCACGGCAGGACACCAUGGUACGAAAUAGAGCCGAAUAAGAAUCUGUCUGCAGCAGCUUUAUGACGGUUUCCAGGUAGCGAUGAUUAUUAAGUACAGUGGAAAUGCCAAAUAUGUUUUGAAAAUAGAUGACACAGAUGCUGGCUGUUGCAUCUGCUGACAUGGUCACCAGUGUUAGUAACAGACUGUGUUGAGGCAAGGGAAAUUUAGCGGCGGGGUGCGACUUUAUUUAUUACUUAAUCCACAAAUUAAGAACGGUUUUACGAUUUAAAAUGAAAGUCCACAUUUCAGCACUAAGUAAGUUCCAAAAUCCUGUCCUGUAUAUUAUUAUAAUGCAUUGUUGUGGGGUUUCGUUUUUUUGAGUACAUGUCUCCGAAUGCCUUGGAGUUAAUGAUAACAUUCUUGCUAUCUCCAGCCACCACUAGGGGGAGUUUAAUGUCUACAGAUGUACUAGUGAGUUCAGAGGUAGCUGUAUAAACCCAUAAGCUACCCCUAAUGGUGGUGGACUAUAACUUUAUUUGGUUCAAGAGGAUUAAAGGGGUUCUGCAAUAAUUGGGGUGGUGGAGUGUUUGGCAGACUCCUCCACUUGGCCGGACCUGUGAAAGAUAGAUUACUUACCUACUUCCCGGUACUGGCUCCCAGUCCGUGAUGCUUCGCUGGGCUCCCUCGCUGUAAACAUCCGGUUUGACAUCGCUGCAGCCAGUCACUGGUCACAGCAUAGACCGGAUCUCCUUAUGUCAUCGCCACUGCCAAUGAUUGGCUGCGGAGACAUCAAGCCGGAUGUUUACAGUGCGGGAGCGCAGCAAAGCAUUACAGGCUGGGAGGAGAAGGAGCAGGGAGCCAGUUCCGGGAAGCGGGUAAGUAAUCUUUCCGGAACAGGUCUUUCCAAGUGGGAGGUUCUGCACAACCGCUUUAAGGAAUUGGGUUCAGACUUCUAUAAAGAUAUAUUAUGAAAUGUAUCAGGACAUCAUUUUGGAGCAGUUGUGCUGUAGGGUGGAUAAUCACUGUACGUCCGUAUAGUAGGACUGUGCGUAUGUGUUACAUCAUAUGGUCAAUGCCGGGCCGGUUCACGAUGUAGUCCAUGAGUCUGCGCUUGUCCCCAUGCAAAGUGAAUAAUCCCUUAAAACACCAGUGUAUUUGAUCCCUACAAUAAAGGUAACAGCUGAACACACGUGGCCACCAUGGGUGGUCGGGGUUUGGUCACUGAUCUUACCCUAAUCAUUGUACUUAUCAACAAUAUUUGCAAGAGGUCUCCAUGGAUUUCAUAUCAUGUUACGUUUCUCAAAGGGAAAUUCUGCGUCUAGUUGAAAUUCAAAUUUUUUUUUAUCAAAUUUUUUUUUCUUCUGGAGAAUGACUGACUAAUUUCUGCCUUAAAUUGUCUGCUAAAGACUCACAUCCAGCCUCGAGACAUGUGGGUAAUCAAAACUUCAAUAUAAAAAAAAAAGUAUCCACGGAAACAGUUGCUUCUAUUGCAGUAGAGGUUGGUAAGGAUAGCCUGCUCGGUUUAGAAACUGUCAGCAGGUAGCUAAAUCUAUGUCUGAGUUUUCAACAGGCAAUUUCAGGCAACUUCUUGCUGGAAGUUGUGUCACCGCCACAAUUCGGAUCUCGAACUCCACAACGUUCAUUCAUUCCUCUUCAUUUUGGAAUUAACCUUUUUUUAAAUUAUUUAAUUAUUUUCUGUGUUUUUUUUGUUUUUUGACAUGUACUUCAAGUAUAUCUGACGAGAAUAAGAUUUGCCUUCAACAAAAACUAAUUUAUUACUAGAUGUUUGUUACUGGACGAUGCUUCUUUAUGUCCACCUCAUGAAGAUGAGAUAUUUCCAUGUACUUAUCUAACCUUACCAGUAAGCAAUCUGAUAUGUUAAGCAUUUAAGCAAGUGUGUUUUUUUUUUUUUUCUUCUUGUUUUCUAAGAAAAAUAUAUAAAAACUUUAUUUAUA